CUACUUGACUCAAAUGUACGACUACCCAAGGUUCUGGCUUUUCUUAGCUAGUUUAUUAUCCAUUAUUUGAUUUCAGUUUCUAUUUCCAGAAGAUAGCACUAAGAUGUUAGAUUUCAAGUUAAUUAACGUGAGUUUCUCCCUUCCUUUACGAAAUAGAACAGAGGUUGAAUGUUUAUUGGCUUAGCUAACUUAACGUGAAUUCUUCGUUCUUAUGAACUUCUCGACAACGCGGAGAUUGAGAAUCCAAAAAUUCUCUGAAGCCAACCGAGAGCUACAGAGAAAUUUGUGGUUUUUUAGAUACAGAUAUGUCAACCCUAUGUUCAAAGUCACGUUAGAUAUGAUUAUAUUGAUCGUGGCAUGAGAAUAGAGCUUAGCAAGAAUGGAAAUUCUAGGUUUCAAUCACUUACACACGUGUUCCAUCAAGAAGCUUUCAGACUUCUUGCUUGGUAUCCGAAACUCAUAUUGGAAGGACCAUGCCGGGGAAACUACUUCGUCGGAAAAAUUUGAACAUUAAAGCAGAAGUGAGUUAUGUGAAUGCUGAAGAAGCAAAGAAACUAAUAGCAGUUGAGGAGUAUACAAUUCUGGAUGUGCGGGACAAAUCUCAAUAUGACCGAGCUCAUAUAAAAUCAUGUUAUCAUGUGCCUCUUUUUAUUGAAAACCAAGAUAAUGAUUUUGGUACAAUCAUAAAAAGGACGGUACACAACAAUUUUUCGGGGUUGUUCUUUGGGCUGCUAUUCACUAAACUCAACCCUGAUUUUGUGCAAUCUGUUAAGAGCCAAUUUUCGCCCGGAAGUAAACUCUUACUAGUCUGUCAAGAGGGAUUAAGGUCUGCUGCUGCUGCAAAAGAGCUAGAGCAAGCUGGUUUUCAAAACAUAGCAUGCAUAACAUCAGGCCUUCAAGCUGUGAAACCAGGAACAUUUGAUUCUGUCGGAACCACUGAAUUACAGGAUGCGGGCAAAGGCGGAUUGAUUACAGUUCAGGGAAAAAUCUCAGCUGUACUAGGAACAGUACUUGUCUGUGCAUAUCUAUUCAUUACCUUCUUCCCGGAGCAAGCAGAGAAGCUGUUCCAAAUUGUACCAGCGAGCUAGGCUUCAUAAAAGCUAAAACUUUGAAGUACCUCUCAAAUAGUUUUAAAAUGAAGGGGAUUGUUCACGUGAGAGGGUCUGUAACGUCUGUUAAGACGUGUAAGAGCAUUCACAUUGGUUUAGCCAAAUGAGAUGUUUGGUCAAAUUUUACAUAAUUUGACUCAAAAAUCUUUCACAUUGAAUUGGACAAAUCUAAAAUAAUUUAGACUUUUGCUACA